AAAGUGCUUAUUGACAGCUCCGCCGCAGCAAAUGAACUGAUUCUGGAGAUGGACGUCAACAAAGAGUCGCUGGCUGCGCUGCAGAUCGCUCCCACGUGGGAGUCCAAGACAAUGAGGGAAGUGGAGUCGUUUCUGAGCAGAUAUGACACAGCAGAGCUGCCGGUGGAGAAGGACGUCUGGACCAGAGCUGAGAACGACUGUAACCGUCUCAUCACGCUCGACACGGCGCUCUCCUACAGGGAGCUCCACUCUAAAGCUGUGAUUGCUGGAGUGAAAGAGGAGGUGAAGGUCCUGUCAGACAAGAUCAGGACGCUCCUGAAGAACACUGCUGCUGAGGUGGAAGCGGAAAGAAACACAGCUGAGGUGGACAUCCAACUAGACUGCAGAGAGACGUUUGAUCUAAUUAAAGAGCGCGUGGAGUCCAGAUUAGGGCAGGUGAGUUUAUCUCAUGAUGAGAAGCAGCACAUCAUCUCCCUCAGAGGUCUGAAGGAUCAAGUACAUUCAGUGGAGAUGCUCAUCAAGCAAGCGCAGAAGAACAUCGUCACGCACCAGCUGAAGCUUUCUUCACAUCUGAGUCACUUUCUGAAGUCUCUGGAUCUUGAAAAGUUUGAGCAAGACUAUUUUCUCCCAAGCCACAUUCCAGCUAGACUUUUAAAGCAACAGGAUUUUUUUGGUAUCUUAGUUGAGAAAGAAAACCUGAAGAGAGCUGAAGACAAAAUAAGAGAGAUUCUCAAAGAGCAGGUUAUACAGCUUUCUCCCAAUCAGACCGGUGACACGUGGACACACUUUCUCAGGAAUCUUCAAGAUGACAUAGAAUCGUUCCAGAAAGCUCACGACAUCAGGAUCGCACAAUCAAAUAAUGAGGUUAUAAUAUGUGGGUUUUCCAGUGCAGUUGCCGAUGUUACCGGAAAAGUCAAGAGAUAUCUGGACAACAAGGAACCGACAACUGAGAACGUCCCUCUGAAAUCUGUGCGAGAGGCUGAAUUUGUGGAGUCCUGCCUGAAUCUGUCCGAGCUCCCAGAACUCAAGAGCCUCGGCGCGACGGUACUAGCUUACAGAACAUCAAACUCCCCUUGUCUGAAGAUCACAGCAGCUAAAGACAAUAUCAAA